AUUGAGGACGAAAGAGUCAGAGACGGUUCAACGACUGAGAAAGCAGUGGUUAUGCAGCCACAGAAAAUUCACCUCCGAAUACGACCUCAUCAAACAGUGGAAAUUCCAUUUAAGUUUUACCAAACCAAAGAUUCUGCCGUGGAUAUGUUUUUCCUUAUCGAUAUAUCAAAAACAAUGGAAAAAUACAUUGCCGAGUUAGCAAAUGUCUCGAUACACCUUGUGGAAAGCCUGCGAAAUAUGACGGGGAGUUUCCGAGUCGGAGCGGGAGUAUUUGUGGAGAAACCAAUACUUCCCUUCGUAUUUGCUAGUGGUAAAGAUAUCUCGAAGAAGAUUGAUACAUAUCGUCUCGUUACAAGAUUAACACAAGAAGCAAAAGUAUUUAAACGCACUAUCAAAGAUUUGCAUUCACUCAUGACAAACAAUGCAGAUAUUCCAGAAGCAGGAUUGGAAGCUAUGAUGCAAGCAGUUGUCUGUGAAGAAAAUGUGGGAUGGCGGAACGAAUCGCGAAAGAUUAUUAUCUAUUGUUCUGAUGCUCCAUUCCACUAUGCAGGAGAUGGACUGCUUGCAGGUGCAGUAAUCCCCAAUGAUGGCCAGUGUCGCAUGAGAGGGACUAAACCGAGUAUAUACCAAGGAGCGGAGAUUCAGGAUUAUCCUUCCAUUCAACAAAUUGCUAAUGCAUUGUCAUUAAAGCAAGUGACAACAAUAUUUGCAGUGGCCAGUAAAGAAUACAUUCAUCUUUACGAGAAACUAAGCCGUAAAAUAGAAUCCUCCUACGUCAGUGACUUCAACUCUGAAACAUCAACAAUUGCUGACAUUAUAACUGACAGCUAUAAGAAUAUUUCAUCUUCUGUGACAAUGGCUGUUUUAAAUAAGGGCAUCAAUAUUACCUUCCUUGUAAAGUGUGACGGAAAGAAAUGGACUGAGACGAAAACAUGCGAUGGAAUUAAGCACAGUAGUGUGAUUGAGUUUAAAGCCGUUUUAACUGCCGGGGAUUGUUCUCAAAAGCAAAACCAGACAAUCACAAUUAAUCCUAGUGGAGUUAAGGGUAAACUGGAGAUACAAGUAGAAUACAUAUGUGAUUGUGAUUGUGACAAGAUAUUUAACAGUUCUCAAUGCAAUGACAGAGGAACAGAAAAGUGUGGUGAUUGUAUUUGUAACGCAGGCUUUACUGGAAGUGUUUGUGAAUGUACAGAAGAAGAGAGAUUGAAUGCCGGAAACAGUACAGAGAAAUGCAAAAUGGAUAAGAACAGCGAAAUUUGUAGUAACCGAGGAAAAUGUACUUGUGGCAAGUGUCUGUGUAAUGGGAAAUCAUCCAACCAAAUGAAUUUCUACCGGGGAAAAUUUUGUGAGUGCGAUGACUUCUCCUGCCCACUUUUCAACCGGAGAUUGUGUGGAGGACCUUCGCGGGGUUCAUGCGUCUGUGGAAAAUGUGUCUGCACAUCCAAUUAUACCGGAGAUGACUGCAGCUGCCCAAUAACAAACGACUCCUGCUUAGGUGAAAACAAUGCAAUAUGUAAUAAUCGCGGAAACUGUUCAUGCGGUGUGUGUACCUGUGAUUCUACCUCUGGUUACACGGGUCUGACAUGUGAAAAUCCUUCAAUAUGUUUGAAUAAGUGUCCAGUCAAUUUGGAUUGUAUGUUGUGUGCAAAAUCCAAAAAUGUAUCAAUGUGUUACACCGAGUGCAAAGAUAUGCAAUUCGAAGAAGUUGACUCUUUAGACAAAGUGACUGGUGAACUAUGCAAGCUCAUGAAUAAGCUGUGUGUCAUAGAAUACAAAUGUGUGAACGAAAACGGAAAGGAGUUUCUGAAAAUUCGUAAAAAGGACAAAUGCACGAAAAAACGUGAUAAAAGAAUGCUAAUCGGUGGUAUAAUCGGCGGUAUACUUGCUGUUGGGGUUCUACUACUAUUAUUAUGGAAGUGUGUCAGUAUGUCACUAGAUCAUCGUGAAAUGGAACGAUUCAAAAAAGAACGUACAAGCGCUGUUUGGAACACAGUAAGUAUACUAUUCAAAAUUCAUUUUACUGUCGUUGUAACCUAAAUGUUACAAUUCCUA